AUGGGAACAAAAUUCUCUUCAGCAGUUGGCAAUUCAAUUGGACAAAAUGAUUUUCUGAAUGAGUUGUGUGGUGCAGAGCCUAUUCGGGAUCACGAUGAAUUCUGGAAUAAGUUUGCUUCUUCUUCUCUUUUAUCCAUUUCCCAGGCUAUCAUUUCGGAACAAUCCACAUCCGAGAGUAUAUCUUCAAUUGGAAAAGUAGCUCGUGCCGUUUCUUCAUCAUCGGUUUUAAAUGUUGGAGAUUAUUUCCCUCUGUCUUUGCUUCAUCCAGAAAUUUUGGAAAAACAUUUAUUUAAAUAUGGAUCAUUGAUGCAAACAAAUAAUUUGAACACCGGGUCACUGGUUUCAUUCAUGCUGACGUUAUCACAAUGGCUACUUAAUAGAGUCAAUGCUGGACAGUCUGAAGAAAAUAAUGACGAGUCUUCAACAACCGUAGAUCGAGAAUCAAUUCUGGUCACUUGCAAUGCAUUGGUGAUUUUCAGGUUUUUAAUUCAUCGAAUUAUCAUGGAUUGUGAAAAUAAUGCCGAUUUUCUCAAGGCACAUUUGAAUCAUUUACCUCCAGGAUUUAAACUCUCUCCAAACAUUUAUGAAAAUUAUUGCUACAUUGAUGAAGAGGCAAAUCCUGAAUAUGAAAUUGAACCCAAUAAGAGAAUUUCUUCUCCAUUGGUUGUUAGAGUGUUCAUGGAAUCUACUCUCUUGUUUUUGAGCGAAUCUAGAGUUACCAUUCACAACUAUUUAUUGCAUUUGGAAGUCAUGAACUGUCUACUAGUUUUGUUUAGCACCUCUCUCUAUGGAGGAGUAAUGAACGAAAUGGAAGAAGAAAAUGAAAUUAUUGGAAAAAUUAAGGAAUCUGGAAGAGAGCACAAUGUGUUCUUGGAGGAAGCCAUUCACAUCAUGAAAACCAGAAAACAUUUUAAAUCCAAUUGUUUAUCAUUUAAUCCCAAUAGGCUGAUUCACACACUCCUUCAGAAUCAUAUAGUAUAUCGAUUAUCAAAAAAAGAAGCCUCUCCAUUCCAAAUAUCCAUUCGUUCGACCUUGCAGAAAAUAUUUUCCAAACUUGGAGAAACAGCAACCUCCCUUUUGUACCUUCCUUACAAUGCGUAUAGAAAUCUUUUUUACAAAGAAACCAAAGAAAUGGAAUACAGCGAACGGCUAAGUGAAAUGCUUCCAGAGCUACUGGGACGAAGAAGCAUUAUGAAUUUAUUACUCUUAAUUUUCUAUCGUAAGAACGAUAGCUCCAUCACAAAUCCAUAUCUUACUCUCUUUUCUAAUUUGCAAAACUCGGACGACUCUCUCAGCUCUCACAAAUUAUGGAACUUUUCAGAUUACACUUCUUUAGAAUAUCAACCGAGUAAAGAUGUGACCGAAGCUGGAAUGUCAUUUGAAAAAUUGUAUACAUCACUUGUGCGAGACUUUGAAGAAGAAGAAUGUACUGUGUUGACCUAUGCACUGUUACAUGAAAACAAGUCGUUUAGAGAGUUUGUUCUUUCGAGAGGAGAUCCUGAAACCAUAUUACUUCCACUUCUUCACAAAAUUUACAAUUCCAAAACAGAGAGAGCUAAUCACGUGUACACAUUAUUGAUCGUUCUCACCUUGCUGACCCAAGACUCAUUAUUUGUAAUUAAUACUCACAAACAAGUCAUUCCUUCGGUUCCAUGGUUUACAGAGAGAAUUUUAGAUGAGAUUCGACUUGGAAGUUUAAUUGUUGCGGUUUUAAUUUCACUCGUUCAUUAUAAUAUUACACACCAAAAGGACAUGUACUUGAAUAGUUUUUGUUUGGCCAUUAUAUCAAAUUCUGGUCCGUAUUUCUCGAAUAUUCAUACCUAUACAGCACAAAGAAUGGUCACUCUUACAAGAUUAUUAACCAUCAAGUAUGAAAAAGUGAGUCUUUCAGAUAAUACUGAAGAAAAAGAAACCUAUUUAUCACUGUUGAAGCUUGUAUUAGAGACUAUUAAUUGUAUACUCACAACCAAUAAGGAAGGCGGUUUGCGAAAAAAUUUAAGACUCGUGUAUGAGUUACUGUAUCAACGACGAGUGGUCAAAAAACUCGAAGACCUUGGAAUUUUUCGAGAUUUUAUUCACAACUUAAAGAUUAUUAUAGAGUAUUUUGAUUUACAAAUUUCAAAUAUUGUAAAUAUUGAGCUUGGGAAAGUUUCACCGGCGACAACAAGUAGCGAUCCUAAAAUUGCAUCCAUGACAGCAACGUCACAUCUUUCUCCUUUGGAUUUGAAUAGUUCUACUGACGCAUUUGAGGAAUAUCUUGACUUGUCACAAAAAGAAACGAGAAAUUGGAGUUCAGAAACUUAUAUGGAAAACAUUUUAAAGGCAUCUCAAUUUUGGACCAUGAGUAAGGCAGAGCAACACUUGAAAAUGAUUCCAUUCUUUACAUCUCAGUUCUCUGAGGAUGCUGAAUCAGAAUCAUUCUUUAUUGGAUACCUGUGGAACAUUAUUGCUCGAUUUUGUGAGUCGCUCUCUUUAACUCUUCCAUAUGACGAUGAAGAGCAUGCACAGCACACCAAUGAAUCUAUUCAAGUCACAACUGUUUGA